GUGUCGAGUCGGCGAGACAUGCACAGCGACGCGGACGCAGAACAAAAGUCCCGCUCCAAGCGGGAAAAGAAGGCAAGUCGAUGGCGCAAAAGGACUAGCAGAGCAGCAAGCGAGUCGUCUUCCCGUUCUUCGACAUCAAAGUCAAAACCGGAUGGGAAGUCAACGCCUGCAGCGCCUCUACUAGCGCCAACGAACCCCGAGGUGCAGACUUCCCAAGUGGUGACGCCAAGUCUAUCUUCCAUUGGCAUCCCGUACUCGCCCGUGGGUACGUUGACGCCAAAGGACAACCCUGUCCCGUCAGAGUCACCGUCUCUCGCCGAUUACCGGAGCGUAGCGACACCUACUGUCCCCCUGACGCCAGGAGAAGGCGGACUGUCCACUGACGCAAGCACGCGGGAUGGGAGUCCAUCUCACGCGGCCACGGAUCCUGUAGCCGCCAGCGCACAGCCCUUCAUACACGCCGUCCCUGCCGGUGAAGUCAGAGGCCCAGAACUAGAGGUCUGAGAGGAAUCUCGUAUCUCAUGAUGCGAUAUGGAGCAUGUUGUAC